CUACCCCGACCCCUAGCACAAAAGUCUAAACUGUGCGUUUUGUUGGUUGGGUGCGUUAGGGGUUUCUUAUUUUUUAUCCCAAUCACUUCCGUCAGUGGUUCCUGCCCAUAACCUUUUCGGGUGAUUGUUCUUCUUCGCUCACCCACGCACGCGUUACGCUGAAGGCAUGAAUGCGUUCAAGGCAUAUAAGGCCUGUGUGCCAAUUGCUUGGAGCCCCAAUAUCUAUAUAACUCUAGUUAGGGGUAUUCCGGGGACCAGGAGGCUCCAUAGGCGCACUUUGGAAGCACUUCGCUUGCGCAAAUGCAAUCGAACUGUCAUGCGAUGGAACACACCUACAGUUAGGGGAAUGCUCCAACAGGUCAAGAGGUUAGUUGUUAUCGAGACAGAGGAAAUGUACAAGGCACGCAAGCAGAAGGAGGAAGCACACAGAGCUCUACGGCCUCCGUUGGUCAUAAGCCACAAGCCUCCCUCGGUUACUGAUGCUUUAUAAAGUCUUCUGCGUUCUUAAAGAUAUUAUCUUCUUGCUACUAAAACUAUCUAAUGCCAUUGUUUAAAGCUUUGGUCUCAAAUGGACUAGAUUUUGCUUUCAAGAUCAUGUCAUAGUUUGAUUCUAUGAUUCUGUAGUGUUUUCUACUGAUAACAUUAGUCAAAUUCAGGCCUCUGCUCAUGAAACCUGGCUAGUAGCAAGUGUUCAUUUAUUUAUAUUCUUUAGUUUGGGAAUAUUUAUAAUUUAUUCCAUAAUUGCCUUUUCUCUUUUGGAAACAA